ACUGGUGAACUGUUCGCUAACAACAAUGAAGAGUGGCAGUUUAACCCGCACUAAAAGAAUUUAUUCAGCCUCUACAAGGUUGUAACUUGGCCACUGUCACAACUGAAUGCAGAAAGCCCUUUUUUUGUUAGUUCACAAGAGUGUUUGUGUAGGUCUGCAACCUCUUAGAACACUUGUCAGGUGUCAGCAGCCCUUGAAGGUGUGUAGAGCCUUUUCUGUCUCUUCAUGCUCAGCAGAUCUACUGUCACCAGUUCAUUCGUUAAACUUUUCUAGAAAAAUCGGUCAUUUUUCCUCGCUAUCCCAUAAACACAGUCUCCUCCAAAGCUCUCCUCCCUGGAUUUCCCUGCACCAGUGUUUCUGUGAGCAGCCAGAUAUGGCAGAACAGAGGUUCCUUGUGGAAUAUGCCAAACGAGGUACUGCAGGAUGUAAGAAAUGCAAGGACAAAAUCCAGAAGGGCAUAGUGCGCAUAGGCAAGAUUGUGCCAAACCCUUUCAGCGAGUCUGCAGGGGAGAUGAAAGAGUGGUACCAUGUGAAGUGCAUAUUUGAGAAGCUGGAAAGGGCAAGAGCCACCACAAAGAAGAUUGAGGACAUCACGGAUCUGGAGGGCUGGGAGGAGCUGGAGGAUGAAGACAAAGAGCUCAUCAAUAAACACGUGUCAGACCUGAUGGCCAAAGUUAAUGCGGGUCCAAAGAAGAAGGUUCAGGCCAAGGGGAACACCACCGGUGGGCUGAUGGCUCCUCCUGCAGACCCGUCUGUCAACGCUCCCCGCAAGUUUUCGGGCUUCACCGCUGCGAAGGCUGGCAGUUCCAGCAGCCCUGGACCGUCCUCCUCUGCCUCCUCCUCGGCCACAGGCAGCCAAGGCAGCGCUCUGUCCACUCAGCUUUGUGACCCUCAGCACAAGGACUGCCUCCUCAGAGAGUUUCGCAAGCUCUGCGCUACGGUGGCUGAAAACAACAGCUACAAUGUGAAGACACAGAUUAUUGAGAAGUUCCUCAGGAAGGGCUCAGCUGGAGAUAAGUUCCAGGGAGACCUUUACCUGACAGUGAAACUGCUGCUGCCAGGCGUCGUGAAAAGUGUCUAUAACCUCAACGACAAGCAGAUUGUAAAACUCUUCAGUCGCAUAUUCAAAUGCAACCAGGAUGACAUGGUGCGCGAUCUGGAGCAGGGUGACGUGUCUGAGACGGUGAGGAUGUUCUUCGAUGAGAGUAAAUCAUUCCCUCCGGCUGCCAAGAGCCUCCUGACCAUCCAGGAAGUAGACGCAUCCUUGACCCGCCUCGCACAGCUGACAAAGGAGGACGAGCAGCAGAACGAGCUGGAGGAUAUUGCCAAAAAAUGCACCAGUAAUGACCUGAAAUGCAUCAUUCGCCUAAUUAAGCAUGACUUGAAGAUGAAUGCCGGCGCGAAACACGUCUUGGAUGCUGUGGAUCCAAACGCUUAUGAUGCCUUCAAGGCCUCGCGUAAUCUGGGUGAUGUGAUUGAAAGGGUAUUAAGGAACCAACAGGAGGCGUCCAAUGGUUCUGGACCCAGGAAGCUUCUGACUGUGGAGGCCUCGCUCAUGACGCCGGUCCAGCCCAUGUUGGCGGAGGCAUGUAAAUCCGUCGAGUACGCCAUGAAGAAAUGCCCCAACGGGAUGUACUCCGAGAUCAAGUACGACGGCGAGCGCGUGCAGGUCCACAAGAGCGGAGACGUCUUCAGCUACUUCAGCCGCAGCCUCAAGCCGGUGUUGCCACACAAAGUGGCACAUUUCAAGGACUACAUCCCUCAGGCUUUUCCUGGCGGCCACAGUAUGAUACUGGAUGCUGAAGUCCUCCUAAUUGACACAAAGACCAGUAAACCCCUGCCCUUUGGGACCUUGGGGGUACACAAGAAAGCAGCCUUUCAAGAUGCCAACGUGUGCCUUUUUGUUUUCGACUGUAUCUACUUCAACGGCGUGAGUCUCAUGGAGAGGCCUCUGUCGGAACGCAGGAAGUUCCUGCAUGACAACAUGGUCGAAGUUCAAAACAGAAUCCUGUUCUCAGAGAUGAAGCACGUCACUAGGGCAGGAGACCUGGCUGACAUGAUAACCCGGGUCAUCAGAGAGGGACUGGAAGGCCUGGUGCUGAAAGACAUAAAGGGCAGCUACGAGCCAGGGAAACGCCACUGGCUCAAAGUGAAGAAGGACUAUUUGAAUGAAGGAGCGAUGGCGGACACAGCUGACCUGGUGGUGCUGGGGGCGUUCUACGGGAAAGGCUCCAACGGGGGCAUCAUGUCCAGCUUUCUAAUGGGCUGUUAUGACCCAGACUCCAAGAAAUGGUGCACAGUCACCAAGUGCUCUGGAGGCUACGAUGACGCCAUGUUGGCCAGGCUCCAAAAAGAGCUGGAUGUGAUCAAAAUCAGCAAGGACCCCAGCAAAAUCCCUGGCUGGCUGAAAAUCAUCAAGAACUAUUAUCCAGAUUUCAUUAUCCGCGAUCCCGAGGAAGCGCCUGUCUGGGAGAUCACUGGUGCAGAGUUUUCCAAGUCAGAAAUGCACACUGCUGACGGCAUCUCCAUCCGCUUUCCCCGCAUGACACGCAUCCGCGACGACAAGGACUGGAAGAGCGCCACCAACCUGCACCAGCUGAAAGAGCUGUACCGCAUAUCGAAGGAGACCUGCGACUUUAAAGUCACCGCCGGCCCGUCCACGUCCAACGAUGACAAGGGCUCCUCAGGGGGAGACAGCGGAGGAAACUCGCCGUCGCCGUCUUCCCACAGGAGCGCUCCAGCCAAGAAGACCAACAACAACACUCCACCUAAAGCGAAGGCGGUGAAAUCCCAACCACGCACCCCCGCCUCAGAAGCUCCCAGCGCAAAGAAGAUGAAGAAGAGCGAAAGUGUCAACAGCAACGGACAAACCAAAACGAAAGCGACCUCUCAGGUGCUGGAGCCCAGAAAGGACAAGACGCUGCUGGACAUCUUCAGCGGAGUGAAGCUGUUCCUGCCCGUCUCGGUGCAGGACUUUGACAAACUGAGGCGCUACUUUGUGGCGUACGACGGAGACCUCGUGGCGGACUACGACACCGCCUCGGCCACACACACGCUGGCUGAGCCCGAAGAGGACAGUCAGGCCCAGAGAGUGUCGCCCAGCUGGAUCUGGGAAUGUAUCCGCAAGAGACGCCUCGUACCGCCCUGUUAGUAAAAGACAGACGGAAAGAGAACAAAACACAUUUCAUACACUGCGUGUCCUUAUCAUGCUUAUCUGUGUUAAACAAUACUGUCUUUUUUGUUUGGUUGAAUCACUGCGACACCAGACAAUGUCCAUAUUUUUUAAUUUCCACUGCUCUCAGGUAAUUUUUAUUUAUUCCCUUCAAGCCUUUUUUUUUUGCUCGUCUCCUCACAAACCAACAGGGGCAGCAAACAUUUACUUAUGAGGUUUUACUUUUUGAAUAUUUGGGGUAAUAGAAACAUUGUGAAUACUGGUGAUCGCCAAUUGAAUCAUGGUUAUUUUUUUUGAUGGAAUAAGGUGGAGCUUAUGUAGGUUUAGAACUUUUGUAAGAAAAUUUAGAAAAGUAGUCAAAGCAGGUAAUCCUGAGUACAGUAAGUCACAUUACAAACUUGAAAGUGAAUACGCAUCUGAAUUAAGAGAAGGGCUUUUAAUCAGGCGCCACCUUUUACUGCCGGAGUGGAACAUUUUGCGAGGUAUUAAACCCCAGCUCAUGAACUGAAAACAAACUGAUCUGUCUGCCAUUGGGAACAAACGAAACGCUGAUGAAGAUAAUAAAAAUGUCUCACUAACAUUUUACUUUCAUUCACUUAUACUGCAGCCACUUGCAGUAGAAACAGUGUCAUCGCAAAUCAGUAAAUGGAUUUCUUAUUGCUUAAA